AUGAUUAAUUUGGAAAAUUUUGAUCAAACAAAAUUCAAAAAUCCCAUUCUUGAUAGGUAUGAUAUCUCCAAUACAAAAGUCCGCGGUCAAUUUAAGCUUGCCGAUUAAUUGGAAUCCUUCCUUAAGAAUUAAUUUAGAUAACUUUGUAAGAAUUAAAGCAAAGACGACCAGAUUUGAAACUGGACAAGCAAGAUUGGUAAAAAUUCUGGGAACACUAAGAAAUAAAAAGAUAAUAAAAAUUAGAAGCUUGUAUUGAGACCAGAUAACAAAUUAUUUAAGCAGGCAGCAUGUAAGGAAAUGAUAAUGACGAUCAAAACUUUAAGGAUUCUAGAAUUUCAGAGCAACAGAGCAAUGCAAUUGAGAGAGAGAAAAAGGAAUUGGAGAAGAUGAAAUAAAGACAAUAAAAAGAAAUAGACUAAAUGUUGGAAUAUGAAAGAAGGAUGCAAGAAAUUAGAUUGAGGAAUGAGGAGAAAUAAAAAUUAUAAAUGGCCAAAUAAAUGAGAAGAGAGUAGGAAUUGUUGGAAAAAAGAGCUUAGUAAGAAUAUGAGAAACAAAUGAGAGAAGAAGAGAAAAAAAAGAAAUAACAGGAUGAGGAAAGACAGUAAAGGUAAUUGGCUAGUGAACAUUUCAGAAGAGAAUAGGAAAGAGCUAAAAUGGAAUAAGAAAAACAAGUCUAAUUGAAAAUAGAAGCAAAAAGGAAGGAAGAAGAAAGAAGAUUAAAAUAAUUGUAAUUCUAGUAAUAAACACAAUAAAUUUAAUAAUAAUAUGAAGAGGAAAUGUAGAGAAAAAGAUUAAUCAUGUAAUAAAAAGAAGCCGAACGGCUUCAAACUAUUGAGAUUCAGAGAUAGUAAAGAAUCUAAGAAUCACAACAAGCCUAACAGGAGUUGGCUAUUAAGUUAGUAAAUGCACGAGUCAAGUAGGAGGAUCAAUUGAAUAAUAUGAAGAAGGUAUUGCAUAAUAUCAUGAUUAGUCAUUCGAUUUGAAGUAAUAACGAAUUGAGUAGAGAAGAAGAGAAUUUGAAGAGAUGAAAAUGCAGAAAAUGUAUGAAAAUCAGAUAUAGGCUUUGUAACAUCAAGAGAAGAUAAAGGAAGUGAUGGAAAAGAAUUAGAUUCAAGAGGAAAAAAAGAAAUAUGAUUAUUUUCAUAAACUAUAAGAGGUUGAGUAAAGAAAGGAAGAGUUGGAAAGGUUGAAGCAAUAGGAAUUAAUUUCCAGAAAAUAAUAAAUAUAUGAAAAAGAAUUAUAAAGAUAAUAGGUCUUAUAAAAUAAUGAGAAAUAGUUGGAAUUAAAGACCAAUGAUUUUCUAAGGAAAUUCUAAGAAAAGGAAUAAUUAAUUUAUGAGGUAAGCAAUAAUUCAAUUAUUUAAGAAAUAAUUUGAAAAAUAAUAAAUCUAACAUGAGUAAAAAGUAAAUGAACUUUUAAAAGAAUAGGAUAAGAAGGAAGCAUUAGAAAGAAUUAUGAGAUUGUAAGAAUACGAAAAGGAAUUACAAAGAUAAAAGUUAUAAGACAAAAUGAGAAGAGCUGAAAUUUUAUAAUUAGAGAAAAACUAAAUGUUAGAACAAAGAAUGCUAAUCAAAAAAGAGAUCGGAUUUCAAAAAUAAGAAUUAAUGCAGAAAUUAGAGCUGGUCAAAUUAGGAAAAUUGGAUCCCUCUGCUUUAAAUCCUGAAGGCAAUAGCAUCCGAGCAUCAAGUAGUUUGCAAAAUAGUUAUCAUAAUGUUAGACGUAUUUUACAAUAAUAUUAAUUAUAGCAUCAACUGCAAAAUAUUAAAAUACUCUAUCAAACAAGGAUAUGCGUCACAAUGUUAGACCAAAAUCUUAGUAAUAAAAAGUUUUAACUAAUUCUUCAAAUACGUAAUAUGGUUCUCAAAACUAAGGAAAGUUUAACAUAUCAAAUAAAUACGAAAACUAAUUAGAUCAAUUAAAGGUUCGAUAAAACUAAGAAAUGAUAGAUGUAUAAAUUAACUUAUUCUGCUAGAUCUUAGAAGAAGAAUAGUAAUUAGAAUUUGAAAGAGAAUAGGCUAUGUCUAAUGCAAAAAAUUCAGAAGAAUAAAAGAGACUUGAGAAACUAUUUCAGAUAGAGAGAAAUAAAACUAACUAAAGACUUGAUUAAAUUAAGCGGUAAUAUUUGUAGAUUAAUAUUUAGAGAGCAUUAGAGAUAAUUGGAGGAAUUUAGAAAUUAAGGCUGA